GAAAGGGGGGUGGGAGUGGGAACCUCACACCCUCACACCUAGUCCCCAGUGCGGGGGGCUGGGGGCUCCCCCUCCACUCGCCAUUUCUCUCCCUUCCCCCUUCCUCCUCCUUCUUCCCCCUCCCUCCUCCUCCCAGCCGGCCUAAGUCUGCGUACUUAAAGCGGCGCGGGAGGGCGAACGCGGGCGGGCGGCCCAGUCGGGCGGUGGCAGAUGCGCCCAGCAGUGGCAGCCACUGGCGGAGCGCAGGUGACCGGCCUGCGGCUCAGCCUAGCCAGGAGGCGCCCAGGGAGAGCAGGCGGGAGAGGGAGGCAGAUCCACCCCCAGCGUGCGCUCCUCUCGGCGCCAGGAGCCGUCCCGGGGCGUGUUGGCGAGAGCUGAUAUAGAUAUAAGGACAUUUCUCUCCAUGGCGUCACGUGACAUAAUUACCACCAGAAUCAAUCAAGAUGAAUUGCACGUCAGCGCCCGGUGGGGAUUUUUGCUUAGUUGAUCCUGGCCCAAGCCUCUUGUGCAAUCGAUGGCUCAGGUUGGCGGCGCGGGGAGCGGCCCAGGGCUUGCCGGCGUGCGCGCCGCGGAGCCAUGAACGACUUUGACGAGUGCGGCCCGAGCGCAGCCAGCAUGUACCUGCCCGGCUGCGCCUACUACGUGGCCCCGUCGGACUUCGCCGGCAAGCCGUCGUUCCUUUCGCAGCCGUCGUCCUGCCAGAUGACUUUCCCCUACUCCUCCAACCUGGCGCCGCACGUCCAGCCCGUGCGCGAGGUGGCCUUCCGCGACUACAGCCUGGAGCGCGCCAAGUGGCCGUACCGCGGCGGCGGCGGCGGCGGCGGCGGCGGCGGCGGCGGCGGCGGCGGCGGGGGCGGCGCGGGGGGCGGCGGCGGCGCGGGGGGCUACGCUCCCUACUACGCGGCGGCGGCGGCGGCGGCGGCGGCCGAGGAGGCGGCCAUGCAGCGCGAGCUGCUGCCGCCCGCGGGCCGCCGGCCGGACGUGCUCUUCAAGGCGCCCGAGCCCGUGUGCGCCGCGCCCGGGCCGCCGCACGGCCCGCCAGGCGCCGCCUCCAACUUCUACAGCGCGGUGGGCCGCAACGGCAUCCUGCCGCAGGGCUUCGACCAGUUCUACGAGGCGGCGCCCGGGCCCCCGUUCGCCGGGCCGCAGGCCGCGCCGCCGCCCGCGCCGCACAGGCCCGAGGGCGCCGCUGACAAGGGCGACCCCAAGGCCGGGGCCGGCGGCGGCGGCGGGGGCAGCCCCUGCGCCAAGGGGAGCGCGGGUUCGGAGCCCAAAGGGGCGGCAGCAGGCGGCGGCGGCGGCGACGGCGAGGGCCCCCCGGGGGAGGCGGGGGCCGAGAAGAGCGGCGGCGCAGUGGCCCCCCAGAGGUCCCGGAAAAAGCGCUGUCCCUACACCAAGUAUCAGAUCCGAGAACUGGAACGGGAGUUUUUCUUUAAUGUAUACAUAAACAAAGAGAAGAGACUCCAACUCUCUCGGAUGCUCAACCUCACUGACCGGCAAGUCAAAAUCUGGUUCCAGAAUAGAAGGAUGAAAGAAAAGAAACUGAACAGAGACCGUCUGCAGUAUUUCACUGGAAACCCCUUAUUUUGA